AAUGGGUCUUUUUAGAAGAUUAUCUAAAGUAUUCAAAUCAGAAGUUCCUUAAACAAAUAAUGAACAUUUGCAUGAGAAUCAACAAUAUUCAAAGAAGGUAUGAAAUAUCUACCAAUAGAUUGUUUUGGAAAAUGGAGAGAGUGUAAAUGUUAGAGGAAAUGAAAAUUAAUUCAACCUAAUUAAAACAAGUCGAUAUACAAUUACAAAUUGUUUAUAUGUGUUGAUAAUUAAAUUUUUUAAGCGAUUUCUGAAUUUGUACUUAUUUGUCAUCAACAUGAUAUAAUUAGACUAUAAUUAUCUAAUUUCACUUCUAUUAACAUUUGCUAUACAUGCCAUAAUAGAAUUGUACUUUGACAAUAAAAAGCGAAAUCGUGAUAAUAAAAUAAAUUCUCGAUAAGCCACUGUAUUUGCGGAUUUAAAAAAAAAUGUUUUAAAUGUGGCCUCUUCAAAUUUGAUUAAAUUAGGAGGAAGAAAAUCUCUAAACUAAAAUAUAGUUGAUCAUGAAAACUUGGUGAAUAAUAACAAUUAUUAAAAAGAUAUAUGUAUGAGAAAGGUAAGUAUAGAGACAGUUACAUAUAGAUAGGAUAAAUAACCUAGAAUUCCUUUAUUUAGUAUUAAGAGAUGGGAUCAACUUAAAGUAGGGGAUAUAAUCUAUUUAAAGAAUAAUGAAAUAUGUCCAGCUGAUGUUUUAAUUUUAGAUAUGGGAUAAUCAGUUAGUAUGGCUAGCAAUACUGUAAUGAGUGGAAAUACAAAUGAAGUAAGAAAGAGAGCAUGUCCUUUAACUACUAUAUCUAAAGAGCAUAAGAUCUAAUUACUUGAUUAUCGUACUAUUUUAAAUGGGAUUGUAAGAUAUGAUUAAACUGAUUCAGAUCAAUAUUAUAAAGGUAUGGUAAAAUUGAAGAAGGAUCCAAAACCUUUAGAAAUCAAUAAAGAGAAUAUCUUUUUUAGAGAAUAACUACUUUUAAAUGAUUUAUAUAUGUUUGGAGUCAUUCUUGCUGUUGGACUUGAUUGUCGAUGUUUUAAAUCAUUUAAAUAUACAGAAAAAUAUGGAUACUUUGAAAAUAAAGCAAAUUUGUACUUUCUCAUAGCUAUAAUAUCAUUGAUUGUUCUAAGUGUGAUUUAAUAUACAAUUGAAUAUUAUGGAGAACUUCAUUAUAAUUUAGAAUUUCAAUUAAUUAGGUAUUCUAAUUUAUUACCUCUUUAUUUUUACUUUCUUAUUGAUCUACUUUAUUUUAUCUAAAUGUUGUACAAUAAUUACUUGUUUAAAGAGGGGAAAAAUAAUUCAAAGAAUUCAAUAGAAGAUGAUAAUCCAUUAUUAGAUAAUACACAUAUAAUGAAUCAUUUACAUAUAAAUUAUACUCCUGUUUCCAAUUUAUCAUUAAUUAAUCAUGUAUUAAUUGAUAAGACUGGAACAUUGACAAAUCCUGUUUUUAAGAUCAAAUGGAUCUUUAUUUUUGAUUCACUCUAUAAAUUAAGAUAUAGAGCAUUUGAUGAAAAAGAGUUUCAAAAUGCAAUUAAAUAAACUAAAAUGAAAUAAGAAUUAAAUAUUCCAAUAGAUGAAAGAAUAGAACCAGAAUCUACUCCAAUUAUAAAAUGCAAUAAUUAAGAAGUUAAUUUUAAAUUGGAAGAUUUAGAUGAUGAUCAUCCUCCAUAUGAUGAAUUACAUCGUACUUAACCUCCAAGAUUUAGACCAGAAUCAUAAAUUAGUAGUUAAUUUGAUUAAAGUGCUGAAGGAGCAUAAAUAUAAAAGUAAUCUUAACCAAGAGGAAGUAGUCUCAUUGUUAAUAGUUUACAUGAAAGUAAAAGAUAAUUAACAUACUAAAGAGGAAGUUAAAAAUUUCAUGCUCCCAGAAUUCCAUCUAAUUUAGAAAUUGUUUCAGAAGUAGAGUUUUCUGGUAAUGAAAUCACUCUAGUCAGAAGAAGAGAAGAUAAUGAAUUCAAACCUCAUUAUUUUGAAGCCAUGUUUGCAUUAGUAUUAUGUUAGAACACUAGAUCAUUAUAUUAAAAAAGUGAUGAUUCAUUCUUUUAUGAGUAUAGUUCAGAAUUAGAUAAAUAAUAAUUAUAUUUAUGUAAGCAUUAUGGUUUUCAAUUCAUUUGUAGAAGUAAAUAAGAAAAUUAAAUGAGAUACAUUAUUUAAGAUGGAGAAGAAAUUCAUAUCAUUGAAGUUAUGUCCUUACAUUCUUUUAAUUCUAGGAAAUUUAGUAUCAUCAUAAGAUUGCAAGAAGAAAUAAGUGUUAAAUUAGGAUUAGAAAAUGAUGAUUCAUAAUACUUAUAAUAUUUAAGAGAUGAUAGUUUAGAUAUGAUAGGUUGUUUAUCUUUAGAAAAGGAUCAGUUGGCUAAACUUGAUCUAAUGAUUAAAGACUUAUAAUUUUAGGGUAGCAGACCAGUAUUAUUUUAUAGAAGCUUCAUGAAUGAAAUUUAAAUGCAAACUUUUAUUAAAGAAGCAAACAAAUUACUUGAUAUUCAAUCUAAUAAAAUUGAAUUUAUGAAUGAAUAUUAAUUUUUAAUGCAUGAAUUUGAAAAGAAUUGUGAUCUUGUAACUGUUGUUGGAGUUCAAGAAAAAAUCAAUAAACAUGUCACUCCAGCAUUAAAUGGAAUCAAAUCUCUUGGAAUUCCAUGUUGGAUUGUAAGUGGAGACAAUUACGAAAAAGUAUUGCCAAUUGCCUAUAAGGUUCAAUUAUUCAAUUAAAAUGAUACAGUAGUUCAUAUAUAAGCUAAAACUUAAGAUGAAUUAUUCUUAUAAUUAAAAUAAUAGUUAUAAAAUUUAAGUGGAUAAUUAAGAUCACAUUCUAAUAAAAAAGAAAUAAGGCAUUCAGAUACUUUGGUUCAUAAAAGAGGAUCAUUUACUUGUAGCCCAAGAUGGAUUUAAGCGGGAUAAAAAAAUCUACAUAUUCGAUAAUUUUAAAUAUUAAUAAGUGGAGAAUCUUUAGAAUAAAUUUUAAAGGAUAUGUAUUUAAAGAAACAUUUUUAAUUUAUAUUAUAAUUUACAUCGAAUUUCAUUGGAUAUAGAAUGACACCUUAAUAAAAAUCAAUAUUAAUAAAAUUGUUAAAAGAUAGAAAAUUGAAUUAUAAAUUUAUAUUGUCAAUAGGAGAUAGUUAUAGUGAUAUGAAUUUAUUUAACCAUUCAGAUUUUGCAUUUUAAAUGUAAUCUGGAAGAUAGAUUUUUCCUCAUGAUAAAAAUAACUUCGAAGAUCUUCAACACUAACAAGGAAGAGUUUCAAUAAAAUAUUUGGAAUAAGAAUCUUAAUUUUGUUAACACAAAUAAGAUCAUGGUUUUAUUGAACCAUUAUAUAACAGUGAUAUCUAUGUAAAGGAUUUUGAAAAGAUAAAUAGAUUGAUAGCUGUGGAUUCUAGAAAAUCAACUUUAUAUUUUGAAAGAAUUCUCAUAUUUGCAUUAUUCAGAAGUUUUGGAAUAAUUUAUUUGGUAUUUGUGACAUAAUUGAUUAGAGAUGAAAUAGAUGUAAUAUCUAAAGAUUAUCUAAAAUUCCAUUCAAAUAUUUUCUUUUUACUUUCAUGUUCGUUCAUAAUAAGUGAAAUAAGUGAAAAAAUAGAAAAUUGCAAUAAUAGUGAAUUCUUAACUUUUGUAUUUAAAAGCAAUCAAUUAGAAUUAAACAAUAAUAAAUUCGGUAAGUAUAUCGUGAGAAUUACUUUAUUUCCAUUAAUAUAGGCAUUGUUAAUAAAUUUAUACACAGAAUAUGCAGAUUUAACAAGUCAAAAUGGAACAAUGAUAAAAUCAUAUGAAUUAGGAUCAGGAUUAUUUUUAUUAUUAUUAAUAGUUGAUACAUCAAAGUUAGUUCAAAGAAAGUAUAUCAGUUAAAAAUAAUUUAUUUUUAAUUUAGGAUUAAUAUUUGGAUUAUAUACUUUAAUAUCUUUGUAAUUUGAUUCAAUCUCAAUAGUUUAUGAAUGGGCUAAAUCUAUUUAAAUUCUAUUUUCAUUUUUAUUAAUAAUAGCUUUUCAUUCAAUAUUUAAUUAAGUGUUUUAUCAUGUGAAUAGGCCUUUCUUAAAGCCCUUUAGUAUUUCAACAAAUAAAGAGUAUGAUGAAAUUGUAAAGAUAUAUAAUAAAAUAUCUGGUGAUGUGGCAAGGUAGUUAAAGUAACAUAGAGCAACUAUAGAGAAAAUCUCUUAUUAUGCUAGAAAACUGUUUAAUGGUGAUGAAGACAUGGAUCCAAUCAUAAAAUAAAUGUUAAGUGGUGCAUUUGCAGAUGAAACAGAAAAUUCUAUAAAUUCCAUCACUUUAAGAUUCAAAUCACAAUUGGUAUAAAAUAAGUUUACAGAAGAUACACUAUAAUAUGUUGUACAUGCUUAUAGAAUUAUAGUUGUAAUAACAUUUUUAUUCUAUGAAAUAGCUACUUAUACCAUUAUUUUAUUAACAUAUAAUAAUUUUUCAUUAAUUUAUUGGACUGACUACUAUUAUAUUGCAAUGUUUGGUGUAUUACUCUUACUUAUACUGUUUUGUUGGACUCGUUAUUAUAAGUUAUAUUUCUUUGAAGUCAACUUUAUAAUUUUAUUUAUUCGAUGCUCUUCUAUAGUAAUUUGGUUAUUCAAUCAAGAUCAAUCAGUUGGAGGAAUUAAUCUUAAUAUGUUAUAAUUAAGUUUGGCAGUUAAUAUAUAUCAUUAUCAAGAAUAACCACUUUUAAGUUAGAUUUUUUCAGGUAUUUAUGUGACAAUUUAUUUAAUAAAAAAAUCAGAUGAAGAAAACAUAUACAUUCUGAUAAAUUAAUACGUUUUGAGUAUUGCAUCAUUGUUUCUAUUAGUUUUGACAUUCAGAAGAAUUAUUCAUAUUUUUUUAGAAGUCUUUUUGGGAAGAAUUAAUAUGAAUAAGGAAAAUCAAAUAAUGAGCGAUAUUCUAUCUAUUCUUCUUCCUUAAUUUAUAAGAGAUCGUAUUAAUAAAGCUGGUCAAUAUGAUAUUUAGGAAGAUCAAGGUAUGGUGGCUGUAUUAUUUUGUGACAUAAUAGAUUUUGAUUAAUUAAUUAAGAAUGAGUAAUCUAAUGUAGUUGAUAUAUUAGAUAAAUUAUUUAGAAGAUUUGAUUUACUUUGUUAAUAACAUGAAGUCCAAAAAAUUGAAACAGUAGGAAAAACUUAUAUGGCUGCUGCAGGACUCAAAAUUCAUUUAAUUUAAAAAACUAAUCCAGUGAAUAAAGUGAUUUCAUUAGCUUUAGAUAUGAAAAAAUAUGUUAUGUCAAAUGAAAAUUUUUAAAUAAAAAUUGGUAUUCAUUAUGGAAAUGUUAUUGCAGGAGUUAUAGGUCAUCAUAAACCUUAAUUCAGUUUAAUUGGUGAUACUAUUAAUACAGCUAGUAGAAUAUGUUCUACAGCUGAACCAGGAGAUAUUGCAAUCUCAGAAUAAGCAUAUAGAUAAACUAAUAAAUACGAAUUAGUUUAUAUUUAAAGAGAUGUAGUUGCUAAAGGAAAAGGAAAAUUGAUUACGUUUUUAGUAAGUACUAAGAGAGGAGGUAAAUAAAGAAAAUAAACAAUCAUGAUUCAAAGACCCCCUAAACAACCUUUUAGAGAUCCCAAAGAAUAUCAAAAUUUAGAUUAAAUUCAUGAAAAUUAAAUAUCUGAAUUAGGAGUUGGAUCAAAUAGAGAAAUGUAACCGUUGAUGGGUUGGAAUGAGGAUCCUUAACCAUUAACACUUAAUAAAAAGUAAAGAAGUGAAAUUUAUAAUUAUGUAACAAAAACUUAAAAGUAAAUAGCAUAUGAAAGUCCAAGAAAAUCACUUUAAUAAUAAUUGACUUUCUAAUAAUCUUAGGUACAAUUAAAUGUAAAUUAAGGAGGAGGAUCUUCUAAAAAUUAUGUAUCAUAAUCUAUUGUAGGAGGAAUUUAAUCUUAAGGAUUUGAUGAUAGACAUUAAAAACAUUAAGAUUUAUUAUAAUUUUUAGAAAGAAAGACUAGAUGUGAAUUAAAUGUUUCUGAUUAUCAAAUAAAUAUGGAAUAUGAAAUUGAAAAAGAUAAAGUAAGAGCUCUUUAUAGUGUUGAUGAAGAUGCUUAACGUUAAAAUUUAUUAUUGACUCUAAAUCCAAGAAAAUUAUAUCUAGAAUUUAAUGAAGACACAACUGUCUCUCUAGAAUUUUAUGAAUUUCUGUCAGGAUUAUAUAGACCUUUUGCUGUUUAAUAUUUAUUAACAAUAGGAAUAUGUGUUUUAAUAAGUUCAGUGUCUUGUGUUAGUUUAGAUGGAUAAAUAUUUUUAAUAAAUUUGAUAACUGGGGGAAUAGUUGGUCUAUUACACUUAUUAUUGUGUACUCUUAUUCAUAAGUAUGAAUCUUUUUAUAAUAUUCUAUACUUUACAAUAUUGGCUUAUUUAUUGCUUAGUAAUUAUGCUUUAGAUUGUUUUAUAAUUACUGAUCAUUAUGAAAUUCAAAUUUCAAAAGGUAUAAUAUAUAGUCUUAGUAUUCUUCUAAAUAGAGUUCUUAGACAUUAAUAAAAGUUGGUUUAUCUUGUUUUAUAUUUAGGAGUGACAAUAGGUGCAAUAAUAGUAAAUAAUUGGCCUUGGAGUAGAUUCUAUUAUUGUACCAUAAUUUCGAUUUUUGCUUUUUGUAUCUAAUUAUUCAUGUUCUUAAAAAAUGUUAAUUCUUAUAAUGUCAAUAAAUAACUAGUUGAAAAAUCAAUUAAAUAUCAAUAUUUAUUGAAUUAUUUAUUGCCAAAAAAUGUAUUAUAAAUUUUAUAUCUAUUAAACAGGUUCUUGAAGAGUUUUUUAGACCAAAUGAAGAGAAACGUGUUUUAAGAGAAUAGGCUGAUGAAGUAACAUUAUUAUUUGCUGAUAUCGCUGGUUUUACAGAAUAUUCGAGUAAAGUAUAACCUGAAUAAGUCGUGAAUAUGUUGAGAAAUUUAUUUACUGAAUUUGAUAAAAAUUGUCUUUUACAUAAUGUUUUCAAACUGUAUACUAUAGGAGAUUGUUAUGUUGUAAUGGGAAUGGUAGAUUAUGGUAAAGGAAUAUAGAGAAAUACAUCUUUAGAGGCAGUAAAUGUAGUACGUAUGGGAUUUGCUAUGAUUGAUGCGAUUAGAAGAGUUAGAGCACAUAUUAAUCAUCCAACUUUAGAUAUGAGAAUUGGAGUUCAUACUGUAUAAUAUCUAUAUUAAUUAUAUAUUAAAUAGGGAUCCAUAAUAGGAGGUGUUUUGGGAACAGAAUUAGUUAGGUAUGAUAUAUAUGGUCCUGAUGUACUUAUUGCGAAUAAAAUGGAAUCAAAAGGAGCCAAAGGAUUUGUUUAAGUAUCCUAAGAAACAAAGGAUAUCAUUGAAAGAGAAUUCCCUGAUUUAUUCAGAUUCGAAUAUAAACAAUCUAUUGAAUUUGAAUCUAUAGAGAGAAAGACGUCAGGAUACUUUGUUUAUUAAUGA